AUGGUGCUUCAGCUGGGAAGUCCUCUCCUCGUUCCCUGCACUGCGUUCUUCUACACGCUCAGUGGCGACACAUACUGGUCCAUCAGCGCCCAGCUGUUCCUCACCACUAGCAACCUCACCACACUCAAUCCCGGCCUCGACUGCUCUGAGCCCAUCAAGGCGGGCCGCUCUCUGUGCAUCGAGCGCAACGCCACCUUCGCCUACACUGUGCCUCGGUGCCUGCAAUAUGGCGUGCUCACAGCACAGGACACGUGUGAGCGCCUGCUGCUGCAGGUGGCGGGGAGUGAGGACGACCCAUUGGGGGCUGGGAAGGAGAACGCUACACGCUGGGCUGAGCUGUACCGCAACAAUCCCGGCCUCAUCUGCUCGAGUGUCAUCCCAGUAUCCGCCUCUGCUGUUGGCAGCAACACUGGCGUGCAGGUGAGGGGUGGAGGGGAACUGGGUUGGGGGCGCAAGAGAUGGGAAGAAAAUGGAUUGAAAAUUGGUGGGUGGGGCGUGAAAGGGCGGUGGGCAAGGCACUGGCACCCCGCCUCCAUUGGCAUGCCGCUGGCGGAGGCGGGGGCGCAUGCACAGCUGUGCGUGGGCAGCAGAGCGUAUGGAGGCGUGCACGCGCAGCUGCGGCUGCUGAACGGGACGGGACGGAAGCGUGGCAGCGCGUGGAGUUGCGCGUACGGCCACACGCGCGGCUGCUGCUGCUCGUAA